AUGGGUCAGACUUUCGACAAACGUUACCGAGUGCCAGAUGUUGCUCCGGUGUUCGUCACCGCGACAGAUGUCUCUUGGCUGUAUGCAGACAGAGCCCCGGCUCACAGUGUGACGCCCCCAAGCGUGCCAACAAAACAGGAAAAGUGUUACGACCCUCAUGACAAAACACUUAAAUUUGUCGAUGGAGAGGAUGACUUGGACUUUUUGUGUGAAGACUUCAAAUCUCUCAAAGCUCAGAUGUCCUGUGGUCACGCUGUGACUCCGACCUCUCUCACCAACUGGUGUCGCAGGUUGUUGGAGCAGGGUGAAAGCAGGUUUGUGUGUGGUGGGUCUAGUUGUGGUGCUGAGUGGACUUUUGCAGAGGUUUGUAAAAUGGCUCUUCUGGACCCUCAAGAAAAGACGUACUUUCAAAAAACCCUGGAAUUCAACGCUGCCAGGCAGACAAUUACUACUAAGUUGUGUCCUGGAUGUGGAUCUUCUGUGACGAGAGAGAAUGGAUCAGAUUUGAAUGUCCUCUGUAAAGUGUGCACAGCAGUAGCAGGACGGCCGUUUGAAUUCUGCUGGCAGUGUUUGAGGGAGUGGAAGGGUGCACGGCUUCGAAAAGACCGCUGUGAAAACGAUGGCUGCUGCAAUCCGUCACUAGACACAUUAGAAAAAUGCCCAGAUAUGACAUUCAAUUCAUAUCAUGGUGUCCGUGUGUGUCCCUCGGUCCGUGCCUGUCCCACUUGUGGGUUACUGUUGGAGCACAGCAAGAGACUUUGUAAAUUGGUUGUUUGCCCUCGAUGCAAUUUGAGGUUUUGCUUUGUGUGUCUGAAGAAGCCUGUUGAAUGUACAACAGCCGGGUGCAUUCUUGCCCCCAGACAGACCUCGAUACCUGUUUGGCACAAGAAAUAA